AUGAGUCCGUCACCGUGGUGGCAGCAGACGACUUCCGCAGACAGCUCCUCCCGGAACUUCGACCAGAGAUCGACGUCGACGCGGUCCUGCAGGAAUGAUGAUGGGACGAUUCAAUCAGGCCGGUGGGCCCUCUUUCCAUCUGAUCCCAAAGACAUGAUGACGCCACCACCACCCAAACUCACACCCAUGCAUGAAGACGAGGUAUUCAAGAAGUUCGCAGAGCUAGCCAAAGCCGUCGAAAAUGCAUGUCUCCACGUCUCGACAAUCACAGAUACGAAAAGGCUCUGUGAGUUCAAGUGCAAUCCCUCGCGGGUACCAAUGUGUCUGUCCCGUCAUAACACCUCGCGGCCCGACAGUUAUGCUAUCCUGUCUUGUGCGAAGGCGGUGAACGAUCCAACUGAGAAGGCACAGUGGGUCGAGGUCGCUGUUCCGGGAGAGUUCAAGAAGAGUGAUAGUUCCGACGCUAGCUGGGAUGACCGAAGGAAGAUACUAUGGUCGAUGUACCACAUCCUGCGGGACGAUGUUCGCACUGAGGUUUUCGUAUCGGCUCCAUUCGAUUUCAUUCAGGAUCACAGAUCUGUAGUUGAAUUCCUGCUCUGCGUCGCGUUCGCGGAAGAGCACCAGCUCGGUUGGGAUCCUACGAUCAAGAGGCUUCCACCGACGCCUAUCCACCCAUCGCCACGAUGCGAGAUCAUCAUCAAGGACACCUCCCAGGGCGAGGUAAUUGAGAAGACUUACCGGACGAAGGACCUGAUUUGGAACUACGGGGCCGACGCCCUUCGAGGCCGGGGUACAAGAGUGUGGUCUGUCGUGGAGGUGGAUGCGGAUGGCAAUGAAGGCAUGAAUCUGUACGUUCUCAAGGAUUCAUGGGUGGACGUCGACAGCGAACGAGAAGGCCGCAUCAACCGGCGGAUAAAUUCUUGCACUGUCGAGCGAGGCAACACGCUCGAUUUACAGGUAUUCACCAAGAUCUUCAUGCAAAUUCAAGCAUUCGGCGACGUGUAUAUCGGUUCGCGUGUUGAUAGGACGGAUAGCUUCAAAGUCGACAGAUCUGGCGAAAAGCUUCCGGCUGAAGGCAAGUUCACCGUCACGGUACCAACCAACGUCACCUGUUCGACUAAACCGCGACAGCUCGUGCUACAUUACCCUCACAAGGUGCAUCACCGCACUGUCUUCAAGGAUGUGGGAAGGGACCUCUCAGAGGUGGAUACGCUCCUCAAAGUUUAUCGCCUAAUCGGACAAGUACUUCUCGGGCUACACGUUUUGCACUCAGCGAACUGGGUCCACCGCGAUAUCAGUUACGGUAACAUAUUGGUGAUCGGAAGGUACGCCAAGAUCAUCGAUCUGGAAUAUGUCAAGGACUUAUCCGACCCCGGUGCGCAUCAUGACGUCCCGACGGGGACGCCAUACUUCAUGUCAGAGGAAGUCCGCACAUCUCGUUACAACUAUGAUGACCCUUGUGCCACGGUGCAAAGUACCUCGUUGGCGGGGAAAAGUCAUGACACCAUGACGGAGGGUUUACUGCAGGAUCCUGCAGCGACUCUGCCUCCUGUGCAGACAGCUCAGCCGGAGGCUGGGCCCAACACUGUCUCCAAUUCCGCUCUCAACGAAAUCACCGACGCUGCUCUACCGCAUCCAGACACGACGCAUCCGGGCGGCGUCAUAUUUCGUCACAAUCCUUUGCACGACCACGAAUCGGUCCUGUGGCUCUCCCUCUUCGUCCUUCUCGUCUCCGAGUAUAGGAACAGCGAGCUCAACGAGAAAGGGGAGCGCAAGUACGACGCCCAAACUUUCCAGGGCUUCAUGGACGCACAGCACGCCUUGGCCUGGAAGCUCUUCUGCGAACCCGACGGCCUUCAUCCCACUGUUGGCAAGAUCAUCUGCGAGCUGAGCAGUAUGGGCUCUCACCUGGUAGACGCCUUCAAGGACGCGGAGAAGGACCUCAAGCCAGGGGUAGUCGGACCAAUCUUGACGAACUGGCCAACUGUGAACUGGCAACUCGGCCAGAACGUCCUGAGGAUCAUGUCCAUCCUUAAGCAGACGCCACUUCAUCUUCUCACGGACAUCACGAAGAGGACACGUAGUUUCGUCAGGCCGAAGGACGUCGGGAACGAGGAGAAGAGGAGGGAAGACGGAGACACUGCUAAUGUUAACCGUGAGUCAGGCACAGACGAGGACCAGGACGGCCGACCAGCCAAGAUUCGGAGGGUCGGAAGAAGCAAGGAUGCGUCAUCUUCCUCGAGGGACUCAGCCGCCACUGGCAGUCCCUUCACUUACGACGCUCAUUGCGGCUGACGUGGCACGGCUCCGAUUCUAAGCCGUAGUGACGAUGCGCCCGACGGAUUAUUAUUAUUUAUGUACCAUACUCUCUUCGUGUAUCUGCGUAAAUACACUUUCCCGCUCCCCACAAUCUCGAUUCAAUACGAUAGCUCCGUACAGUCUAGCUAGGGAGGAUGCGGUCGCUCAGUCAAAGUUGAU